UUAAAGAGGCUCUUUCUUAUCAGCUCAAUUAGUCUUCUUAGGCUACAGCAACUUCGUUAUCUUCGUUUUCGCCAAGGUAGCCAGAACAUUUUACAGUGUAGCUCUUACUGUGAGAGGUUGCUCUGGAACCAACGACCAAGUAAGACAUGGGAGUUGUACUGCGGUGUUUCGUGUUCCUGUCGGCGUUGGGAUGUGCCAUGGCCGUGAAUUUGAAGAUCGGAGUUAUGAAUCUUGGCCAUACCUCCUCUGAUUUUGACCAAGCCAUGUCGACUAUCCGGGAAAGUGGCGCCUUCCCAAAAUCACUACAGCUCUCCGUAGUCGAGAAGAUAAUUGACGCCGCAGAUAACAACCUCACGUCCCUUACAGCAGACAUGGCUGAAUUUCUGGAUGAAGACGUCUGUGCUACCGUCCUACUGGAUUGCUGGGACGACCACUGCCCUGACUCUUCCUUCAUCUUACGCGCCCUCCCCCAACCCAUCAUACGGGUGGGACCUCCCGUUAGUAAGGACCACAACAAGCAGCCAGACAUCAACAUCUUGGAAAUCCACCCGUCAGCCAAUCAGAUGGCUAAGAUGCUGCACCAGACGAUUCAAACGUUCAACUGGCGCUCCCUAACGGUUUUCUUUCACAAGAGUGGAGGGUACCACGGUGUCUUUGAACAGCUGAUGUCAUUGAUGAGUUACUCCAACGUCUACUACCGUGUGGCCGAGAUACCAAACGAUCCAACCGCUCGCCAUGUUCAGUUGGAAAGUUUCCUGAAAAGCUCCAAGAACCGCAAGGAAAAGCGUUUCCUCAUCAUCGCAGAUGCGUAUGCAACAAACGAAGUUCUUCACUAUGCCCUUCAUCAUUUGAUGCUUGAUCCAAGAUACCACUGGAUUCUAACAACAUUGGAAGAGAAUGGUCUUCAGGUGUACCACCAUAGGAAUACCGGGGUACGUAUUACCCUGUUUCGGCUUCGGACACACGAAACGGCCUACUCCAAGUUCGUAAACUUCAGCAACGAGAACCAGACCAACACUCUACAAGCUGCCAUGACAUUCGAUGCAGCAUUGGCUGUCUGGCACGCUACCAGGCUCCUGGCUGAAGAAGAGGACAUCUGUGACCAGAUUGGAUCAGCUGUUUACAAGGUUGGGUUCAACGGGAGGUCAGGGAUGGUGGCCUUUGGUCAACAGGGAACGCGUGUGAAGUUCUCAAUUGAGAUAAUGGAGUUAUCGUUUGAAGGACGACCUGAGCACAUAGGAGAGUGGAAUGAGAGGGAGGGAGUUACUCUUGAAAAGUGGACAAAGCUGACAGGUAUCCAGUCAACAGACCCUAUUUUAGGAGGAGCAGAGCUAAAGAUCCUUGGAAGAGAGAAAAACCCAUGGCUAAUUGUAAAGGGCUGCAAAAGUGGAGAAGUCUGUUCGAGGAAGAAAUUAAAAGGUUUUCUACCUGAUUUGAUGGACCACCUAAAGAAACGUCUUGGCUUCACUUGGGUGAUGAACUUAACCAAGGAUUCCAUGGGUGAGAAGGUCAAGGGUGAAUGGAAAGGGCUAACAGGGGCGCUCGUCCGCGGCGAGGCAGACACAGUGCUGUAUGGUGCCACCACUCGUUCCAGACGAACUGAAGUUCUGGAAUAUUCCUUUCCCAUCGCUCACCAAGGCUACUACAUCAUCAUCCAGCGACCAGACAGCUCGCUCAACAUCAUGGACCUCGCCGGUCUAUUUGAGUUUCUGGCUCCGUUCGACAUCUGGGUCUGGGCUGCCAUUGGGGCAGGUCUUUUAGCAGUCACCGUCUCGCUUUUUGUCAUCAACUGGCUUAAUCCAUUUGAAUGGCACCAGUUGGCACAGCGAGGCGUUGUGGACAAAGAGGAAGGCAACCACUUCAACCUAGUGCAAAGUGCGUGGUUCACUUACGGAUGUCUAGUGGGACAGGGUGGGGAAAACCUGCCGAAGUCAACUGCAGGACGGGUUGUAGCAGGAACCUGGUGGUUCUUCGUGCUGGUAACCGUAGCCUCGUACACGGCCAACCUGGCGGCCUUCCUUGGGAGGGCUAACAGGGUCUACGCCGUCCAAACCCCCGAACAACUUGUCGCUGACCGCCUAAUGCCCUACGGGACAUACGAAGGCUACACGUUGCUGAAGUUUCUGCAAAACACUUCUCUGCCACCCUUCCGGGCCAUGGGGAAAUACAUGCAGGAGCACAGCGACACUUCCAUACUGAAAAGCAAGGACGAAGGGCUACGGCGUGCUUCCGAAGGCAACUUCGCCUUCAUUGGUGAACCCAACUAUGGAUACGUCCUGCAAAACAAGUGGUGCAAUCUUACCCUGGGUUCUGCUCCGUUUUUCAAGUCAAUGAUCGCCUUGCCAUUUCCUGCUGGUUCCCCAUUCAUCGAACCAAUCAACAGGGCCCUUAUGGAACUACAGGACGAGGGAAUUAUGGAUAACCUAAGGAGCAAGUGGUUGGAGAAAACAGGAAAGUGUAUGGAGCAUACAAAAAGUGAUGGCGUUCUCCGCAUCAACAACUUCAAGGGUGUCUUCAUCGUACUGCUCCUCGGCAUCACCGCCGGCGCUAUCGUCGGUCUGUUCGAGUGUUUCGGACACCAAUGCCGCAAGUGUAUCAAAAAGGUGUGCGGUGAGGAUUCUAAAAACAGUGAGGAGAAUGGAACUGAGCUCAGAAUGGAAACUGACAUUUAAAAUGUUACGCUAGUUCACCU